AUGAGGGAGUGCUCCGGGCCCAGCGCGCUCACGGGGGAAGUCGAGACCCGGAGUCCGGAGGCGGACCGUGGGCGCCCGGUCCCUCGGCAGGGCAGCGGGCCGAGCCCGGGCGAUCACAGGACGGCCGCCGCCUGGGUCUGCCCGGGACGUGGGGCUUUCGGCACCGGUGGCGCCGGCCCGCGGGGCCCGCAGCGGACCUCCUCCCCAGCCCCGGGCCCAGGCCUCUCCUCCAGGACCUUGGGCGUGUCAGAGCCCCCAGCCCAGGCCCUGCGCUUCCCGAUCGCUGAAGCCUGCCCGCCCUGCCCUCCUGGGGCAAAGCAGCCGGGGAGGCCCGGGGUCCAGAACCCCGCGCUCCCAGGGGAUGGUUGGGGCCCGGGGUCUGACGGCACUGGGUCCAUCGCAGUGAGGUCGGCUGGCGGCGACGGAGAUGCCUUGUGUGUCACAGAAGAGGAGCUGGCGGGUGAGGACGAGGACAUGCCAAGCUUCCCAUGCACCCCGGAGGGCCGGCCGGGGCCCCGCUGCAGCCGCUGCCAGAAGAACCUGUCUUUGCACACGUCGGUGCGGAUCCUUUACCUCUUCCUGGCCCUGCUCCUGGUGGCCGUGGCCGUGCUGGCUUCUCUGGUUUUCAGGAAAGUGGACUCUCUCUCAGAAGACAUCUCCCUGGCCCAGUCCAUUUAUGACAAGAAGCUUGUGUCCAUGCAGGAAAACCUCCAGGGACUGGACCCCAAAGCCCUGAACAACUGCUCCUUCUGCCAUGAAGCCGGGCAGCUGGGGCCAGAGAUCCGGAAACUGCAGGAGGAGCUGGAGGGAAUCCAAAAGAUGCUGCUGGCCCAGGAGGUGCAGCUGGACCAGACCUCACAGGCCCACGAGCUGCUGUCCACCACCAGCCGGCAGAUCUCCCAGGAGAUGGGCACUUGUGCCUUCUCCAUCCACCAGGUCAACCAGUCUCUGGGGCUCUUCCUGGCCCAGGUGAGAGGCUGGCAGGCCACCACAGCCGGCCUGGACCUCUCUCUGAAGGACCUCACCCAGGAGUGCUACGACGUCAAGGCCGCGGUGCACCAGGUCAACUUCACCGUGGGGCAGACUUCCGAGUGGAUCCACGGGAUCCAGAGGAAGACGGACGAGGAGACCUUGACCCUGCAGAAGAUCGUCACCGACUGGCAGAACUACACCCGGCUCUUCGGCGGCCUGCGGGCCACCUCGACCAAGACAGGGGAGACGGUCAAGAGCAUCCAGGCCGCCCUGGGCGCCUCCUCCCAGCGCAUCAGCCAGAAUUCUGAGAGCAUGCACGACCUGGUGCUCCAGGUCAUGGGCUUGCAGCUGCAGAUGGACAACAUCUCGUCCUUCCUGGACGACCACGAGGAGAACAUGCACGAUCUGCAGUACCACACCCGCUACGCCCAGAACCGAACCGUGGAGAGGUUCGAGUCGCUGGAAGGACGCAUGGCUUCCCACGAGAUCGAAAUCGGCACCAUCUUCACCAACAUCAACGCCACCGACAGUCACGUGCACAGCAUGCUCAAGUACCUGGACGACGUGCGGCUGUCCUGCACGCUGGGCUUCCACACCCACGCCGAGGAGCUCUACUACCUGAACAAGUCGGUCUCCCUCAUGCUGGGCACCACGGACCUGCUCCGGGAACGCUUCAGCCUGCUCAGCGCCCGGCUGGACUUCAGCGUCCGCAACCUCUCCCUGAUCGUGGAGGAGAUGAAGGCCGUGGACACGCAGCACGGGGAGAUGCUCCGCAACGUCACCAUCCUGCGAGGUGCCCCCGGCCCUCCAGGACCAAGAGGACUCAAAGGAGACACGGGAGUGAAAGGGCCCACUGGCAGCCGAGGACCGAAAGGAGACCCUGGUGGCUUGGGCCCCCCGGGAUCCCAGGGUCCUCAGGGGCAGCCCGGGGAGGCUGGACCAGUGGGCGAAAGGGGGCCAGUUGGGCCCCGAGGGUUCCCAGGCCUCAAAGGCUCAAAGGGCAGCUUUGGAACUGGAGGGCCGAGGGGACAGCCCGGCCCCAAAGGGGACGUGGGACCCCCAGGGCCGGAGGGACCCCUAGGGUCUCCAGGGCCAGAGGGACUUCAGGGAAAACCGGGAAUCGCAGGAAAGACGGGGGCGCCAGGCCAGCGGGGGGCCAUGGGCCCGAAAGGGGAACCGGGGAUCCAGGGUCCCCCUGGCCUCCCAGGGCCCCCAGGCCCACCAGGAAGCCAGAGCCCCUUCUGAGGAGGGUCCUUGGCCCAGACACUGCCACACAGAAUGCCAAAGGGGGCUUGGAGCAGCUGGAGCCCCCAGAAAGCCUCACCUACAGACAGUUGGGGUCCUUUGAUUCCUAUAAGGGGGUCCCCCAAGGCUGACCCUGCAGCUUUGGCUCCCCUGUAGUGACUGUACCAUAGGAAAGCAGCUCCCUUACACAUGUGCGCGCACAC